CCCUGUACCAUAGUGUCAUCUCCGAUAUCUAACGCAUUGUUGUCCCUCCAGCUCCAAAAAACGCGCUCUGAUAUAUGCACAUCCUUGAUAAUCUUACCGCCACCGGCAGGCAGAAGAAGAUAAGCGGCCGGGCGCAAAGCGGUCCUCACAUGGAAUCCAUUGGCCAACGUGUCACUUGCAUUUUGUUAUGGGAUGCCCGGUUUCCAUGCAACUCUUGAUGAGAUGUCGUAGGAUGGACUUAAAACCUUAUAUCACAGCGAUUAGCAGGUCACAACAAUCUGAUGACUUCGCAUCCCUCAAACACCCAAUGCUCAAGUACAUUUCGACGAACUGCAACCUCCCAUACCAAAGUCAUCAUGUAAGCCAUCCAACACUCGCGGUUCUGCACGUCUCUCUGCUGGUGAUAUCCUGGUUGAAGAAUCUACUAACGAAGCAGGUGGUGCUGGUAUCCCAGAUGUGGAUGCUCCUGUGCCUUGUCGGGGUAAAAAGGCUGCCUAGUCACACAGAUUUCAAUGCUGUCACUCACUGCAUUACAUUCAAUUUGUGCCCGUGCUGUAUAUUGCUCUUGCACUCACGACUCCAUUUGCGCUUACAAUGUCUCGCACUUGAUGUCUCUUGUAUGAUCUCAUCACACCCUUGAUCCUGCUUUCGGAUGGCGUCGGACUCGCAUAGACACCUGUGUAGUUUUGCUACUUGCACUGCUUUGUAUUGUAUGAUCAUGAAAUUCACUGGA